AUGACGACGUCGGCGCUGAACGCGCGGGCGAAGCUCUUCGUUCCGGGCGUCGGGAUCGUGACCCCGGAGAGGGGCGGCGCGCGCGCGCGCGAGGGCGCGGCGCGGAACCCGUUCGAGGACGACGACCGUUUGGCGACGACCGCGCGCGCGCGCGACGACGCGGGCUCGAUCUCGGCGCUGUCGAGCGAGGACGACGACGCGCGCGAGGCGGCGGUGGAGUUGGACGCGUCGACGCUGUCGAUGGACGGUCGGGAGGGCGCGGCGACGAUGGAGUGGGUGCGGUUCGACGACGACGACGACGACGACGACGACGACGGCGAAGGCGAAGACGCGACGACGGCGAACGAUGCGGACGACGCGGUGCGGGACGCGCCGGCGGCGUCGGUGUCGCUGUUGAAACACGCGAGCUCGUUUCACAGCGAUGCGUACGGGGCGAGCGCGGAAUCGCCGAGGGUGGAGGAUAACGCGACGCUGCGAGAGCCGCUGUUGCGGCGCGGCGACUCGUACGGCGCGGUGGAGGACGCACUGGAAAAUUCGCCGCAGAUCGUCUUGGAGUUGGAUGCGGUGGACGACGCCGUGCCCGGGGAGAGUAUGAGCGCGGCGGCGAGGGAGAGUGGGGCCGCAGAGCCGCUCUUGGCGACCAACGCGAGCUUGGCGGAGUACGGCGCCAAGGACGACGGCGAUUCGCCGAGGGAGUGGCGGGACGUGCGAGUGCCGCUGUUGCCUGUGGUAAAGGAGUCCACGUACGGCGCGGCGUCGCCGAUUCGACCGGUGCAAAGUUCACGAGGGACAAAUGUGCGGAAAGUGAAAGAGUUGGAGGUUCCGCCGCCGAUUCAAAUCGGAGAAGAGACGAACGCCUCGACGAAACGCGAACUGAAUGAUUCGGCGGCGCAGACACCUUUGCUCGGAAAAUCGUCGAGUGGGCCGAACCUGAUGAGCUAUGGAGCGGUAGAAAAGCAGGUUCACGGCGGUGCGGUCGCAGAGGGCGAAGACGAAAUAGAUUUGCGUCACUUUCUUCAGAGCAACACGGCGCCGUACGAGCGACUGGACGAGUACGAAGAAGAAGACUAUGAGUACGACGCGCCCGCGAGGGACAUUCAGAUGGAUGAUACGAAUGAUGUGGAUGUCGAAUCACCACUGCCGUCGGCACCACCCUUGAUCGAAUCGAUUGAGUUUACGCAUGCGCGUCCGCUCGUGGAUGAUUUGUGCUGCAUCGUCUGGACGGUGGCGAGAGAACGUCUCGACUUGCUCCAGCCUUUGUUCCGCUUGCAAGGCUCUUCGAUCGGUCGAAUCACGCUUGCGCAUCUGAGGAACGUGAUGGAAAAGCUCGAGCCUCAGCGCGCUAGCCCUCGCGCGCUCGAUCGUCUCGAGGCGAUGCUUUGCGCGUGCGGAUACGUUGAGGACGUUACGCUGUCGGAAUUCGUCCACGCCACACAUGCUGGUACACUCGCCGCGACGAGACUUUCUACGGGAUCUGGAGCGAACGAGGCGGCAGUCUUGUGCGGCUACUUGAGUGAGCUCAUGUCCCGUACACCGGCGUCGGCGCAAACCGCGCUCAUGCUCGGCGGACGACGCCACAAGGCGUGGCUCGAUUUACCGCGACUCUUGGCAAAGAACUUAGAACCCAAUCAGUUGUGUUUGCUCGUCGCGACGCUCGAUUUAGCGGACGAUCUGACGGCCCAUGAGCGAUUCGUGGAUAUGACUGUGUAUCAAUCGUGGCUUCGACGAAUGCAAACCAUGCUGCGCUCAACGCCGAUGCCCAGGAAACCGCUGGAAACUGUGGCGCAAAACGCGCCAGCGCCGCCGACUCCGAAGGAGCUCAUGAUGCGUCGAGCGAAACGAGACAGAUUGGUCGCGUUGUGGGAGGAGCGUGAGGCGCGCCGACGUGGGAAUAAUUGA